AUGGCGUUCGCCUCGGACGGCCUGCCGCCGCCGGCGCACAACGCUGCUGCCGAGGGCGCGGCGCGCGGCCGCGACGGCGCGCAAGCGGCCGAUGAUGGCCAGAGACCCGGCGUCAAGCGCCGACUCGACGGCGAGCUCGCGAGCGCGCGCGUCGGCGUCGACGACGCCAAAGGAGGCGACACCAUUAUGGUGGACGCCACGCACAUGGCCGCUGCGGCGGCCGCCGGCACCGACAGCACCACGAAGCGCCUGCUGCACGUCGCGCUCGCGGCGCGCGACGGCACGCACAUCCCUGACAUCAAAAACAAGACGGCGCUCGUCACCGAGAUACGCCAACUUGUCGAGAAGACACCAGGCUGCGAGGCGCAGCCGGCGAGCGCGAUCAGCGUGCCCAUCAUCGGCACGUCGCGGGCCGUCUGCGUCGCCUUCAGCGGCGAGAGCGAGGCACGAGCCUUCCUCGAGCACCACGCCGGCGGUGGCGCCAUACAGCUCCCAGCUCCGGAUGACGUCACCAUCCACUUCGUCGCUCUCGACGCCUCCGAGUGGGGCAGGCAGGCGGAGGCGCGCGAGCUCAAGGCGGCGACAGAGUCCGACGGCCUCCUCGCCAUCCGCACGCGCGGCGCCAUCAACACGGCCGCCCAGAUCGAGCACUUCGCCCCUCUCUUCGAGAAGCACUUCGGCAACGUCGUCUCCGUCCAGGAGGGAUAUCACUCCUUCCUCGGCAUCAAGUCGGACGAGAAAGGACGGCUCCCUCCUGUUCAAGGGUGCGUCAAGACCCUCGGCAACAAGCUCUGCCCCUCGUGCCGCGCGUUCGGGUCGACCAACGCCGACAUCGUCCACGGCACGCUGUGCGAGGCGCAGGCUCUCAAGGCUCGGCGCGCUGCAGCGGCCGGCGUCGCCAAGAAGAGGGGCUUCCAGACUCUCCUCGCCGACAACAAGGUCGAGGUCGCGCGCGCGGCGGGCAAGGUCAAGGCGAUCGCGGCGCGCGACGGGCUGGGCUUCUGCACGACCUUCAACCAGACCGGCCUCCCCUGCAAGAUCAGCGCCCGCUGCCGCCACGCGCCGUGCGUCAACUACGAGGAGCUCCUCGGCACCGCUUUCAAGGGCACCGUCUACGAGCGGAUGCCGAGCGCAGUUAGGCUCGGCACGAGCCGCGGGCGGCGCGGCGGCCGCGGCCGCGGCGGCGGCGGCGGCGAGGUCAAGAGCACCAAGAAGGAUUGGGCGAGCUUCGCGCGCGGCCUCGCCCGCUCCCCCUACCAUGGCGGCCCACGCCUUGAGUCCAACGAAGCCUCCCUCUUCGAGGGGAGCGAUGACGAGCUCUAG